CUCUCACAGCGAAAGAAGGGUUUUGAGGGUUUUCACACCUUUCGCUGUUUCCUCGUCAAUUUCUUUGUUUGGUUGUUCUUUCUUCGCAUCCAAAGAUGAAGCUCGUCAGGUUUUUGAUGAAGUUAAACAAUGAAACUGUGUCUAUCGAGCUGAAGAAUGGGACUGUGGUCCAUGGAACCAUCACUGGUGUUGAUGUGAGCAUGAACACUCACUUGAAGACAGUGAAGAUGAGCCUGAAGGGGAAAAACCCAGUAACACUUGAUCAUCUUAGCUUGAGGGGUAAUAAUAUUCGCUACUACAUUCUUCCUGAUAGCUUGAACCUCGAGACUUUACUUGUGGAAGACACUCCUAGAGUUAAACCUAAGAAGCCUGUUGCUGGGAAAGCUGUUGGACGCGGUCGCGGACGUGGCCGUGGGCGUGGUCGCGGCAGAGGUCGUUAGAUGUAGCAGCGCUCUGGAACAUGUUGAAGGGAUCACACGGGUAGGGAUAGGAAGAUGGCACACCAUAUCCAUCAUGAGGCCAUGGUUGAUAACAUGGCUCAGGUUUUUGCCAUGGUUGACAACAUGGCUCAGGUUUCUUCUCUUCAGGUUUCUUCUCUUCGGGUUUCUUCUCUUCGGGUUUCUUUUCUUCUUCUGGCUUUUUGUCACCAUCCUUAGGUGGUUCAACUUUAGCUACGCUAACAAGCUCCGCAAAUGCAACUUUUUUC